CCCGUAACAUUUCUUACAUACGCAGCAGGAAUAGUGAAGAAAUCGUGCCAUUGCGAGUUGACCGGCUCUGGGAGUCCCGUCCGGUCGUGCUCCGCCUCCCGGCUCUCCGCUCCGCGCCCUGCGCUUAUGCUAGGCCCACUCCGCCGCAUGGCCCGGCCCGAUCCGCAAUCCCCGCAUCCAUUUAACCGACCGACGUCACAUUUCCGGGGCACGAGCCGUCGGACGAGCUCUCAAGCACGAGGGACGCAGCCGAGCUCGAGCCCUUGCAACGGAAAUCGAAGCUGUCCCGACCCCUACGGUAGACACUCACCAAUCUCAAGGCACCCGCUCCGAAGUCGCCAUAUCCCGUCCCCGGCUUCGAAAGCGCCGGGACAUAACGUGUGCUUUGCUCCAAUUCCGGUGUCAAAAUGCAAAUGAGGCACGCCAGCUCCAGCGGGUGGCAAAAAAAGCAGAUACAGAAGAUGCAGCGUAUAAGGCAACGGCCAAGCUGCCCAGGCGCCAACCAUAGGGAAAGCCGACGCCACGAGGAGAA